AUUCUUAAAACCCUGACAAAAACCCUCCUCGGCUUGGGCGGUUAAGCUCUGAGUCUGAGCUCUCUCUCGAAUCAAUGGAGGUAGUGGUGGCUUCGUCUUCGGUUGACGCCGGCAUCGGAAGCUGGGACCUAGCAACCGGUUCGGAGCUACUCCGAUACAAAUCUUGCGCUUCUACGCCUCACGGUCUCGUCUGCGUCGGCCAACGAUUCCUAGCCUCCUCUCAGCUCCGCGACCCCUCAGCCUCCUCUGGCUCCGUCCUAUACUGGUCCUGGUCCAAGCCUCAAGUAGAAGUUAAGAGCUUUCCAGCAGAACCGAUUAAGCCGCUCACUGCUAACCAUGAAGGCACUUAUAUUGUCGGUGGAGGUGUAUCUGGUGAUAUUUACUUGUGGGAGGUUGCAAGUGGUAGGCAGCUUAGAAAGUGGCAUGCACAUUAUAGGGCUGUUACUUGCUUGGUCUUUUCGGAUGAUGACUCGCUGCUAAUUUCCGGUUCAGAAGAUGGAUCCGUUAGAGUUUGGUCCCUUUUCUUGAUGUUUGAUGAUAUAAGACAGCAGGAAGCUAGUCAUCUAUAUGAGCACAAUUUUUCAGAGCACACUUUGCGUGUAACUGACAUUGUCACAGGAUAUGGAGGAUGCAAUGCCAUUAUAGUGUCAGCUUCUGAAGAUCGAACCUGUAAGGUCUGGAGCUUAUCAAAAGGGAAAUUGUUAAGAAGUAUUGUAUUCCCUUCAAUAAUUGAUGCAAUUACUCUUGACCCUGGCGAACAUGUCUUCUAUGCUGGCAGUAGGGACGGCAAGAUAUACAUUGCUGCAAUUAAUGCUGAAAGCACCUCUAAGAACAAUUAUGGGUUGCAUAUCAUAAAAUCCUUAUCAAAUCACAGCAAGGCUGUUACUUGCUUAGUAUAUUGUGCAAGUGGAAAUCUUUUAAUUUCUGGAUCGGAAGAUGGUAUUAUACGACUUUGGGAUGCAAAAACUCACAACAUUGUUCGCAUGUUCAAACAUGCUAAAGGUCCUGUGAACAAUAUUCUUAUUGUCAGACAAGAACUCUGCUUUAAUUCUCGGCCAAUUUCGCAAGCUUCCUCAAGAAGGCGUGGCCCGUUAUUACCACCUGCUCUUGAAAAAUAUUCAAAUCCACUGGAUGAAGAUGCAGAUGCCAAGGCUAUUUUUGAUCUCCACUCUACUUGCAGGAAACCAGUUAAUGCUUCGUACUUAAAUUCUCACGUGAUUGAUAAUCAAAUCAAAGAACUUCAGCAACAAGGUUCUUCUGCUGCUGCUGAAAUGGAGACGAAAAGGCUAAAGCUUGAUUGUAGUAAAUCUAUGCAAAUGGUUCAGCAGUGGAAGAAAAUGUAUGAAAACUUGCAUCAAUUUUGUGUGAAUGAGCUUUUGGAUGAUGCUCAAGUGAGAAUCUCCAACGGAAACUCUACCUGAGGCAUUGCUGUUUUCUUUCCCAAACAUCACUAGAGUUUAAAGGUACCAUUAGUUGAGGGUUCUAUAGAAAGAAAGGAUAUAUUUUUUUGUAAGUUUUGAUUUUUAAUUUUUAAUUUAACUUCUGGUUGCAUAUCUGAAAUUCAUUUAUUAUAUUUGAGUGAUGGUCUUCAAUUUGACUCU